GUUGAGCACGAAAUGCCACAAGGUCUCGUAACGGACGUUUCGCGAUACAUAAGUUGAUACUUUCCGUGACCAUUGCACCAACAUGCCGCCAUGGUGAUGACAGCACUUCCAAGAAACUUUUGUUGAAUCGUUUAGUCGUAGGCGGAGCUCAGGGCAAGGUGGGGCUGCUCUGCCGACCAUGGCGCACCCCGCCGGAGAGGAUGUGUGCGCCAGCGCGAACGUCACGUACUGGCAUCGAGUGGACGAUCCAGCCAACUACAACUGGUGUAUCGUUCCGGAGUCGGCCUAUGAUGCCGUGCUAUUCGCGGGGGUGGCGCUGCUGGUGGCGUGUGUUGUGUCGGGGCGCCUCAGCGCGGUGUGGGUGCUGGUGGCAGGCGGCCUUUGCGAGAUGGCGGCGUACCGCUACGACCUGGGCCGGUUUGGAAACAGUGUGGCGCUGUGGCUCGGGGGCAUUCACCCUGGGGAGGUGUUCUUCUACACCUUCCUGCCGCCGCUGCUCUUGGACAGUGCGGCGCGACUAGACUUCUUCGUUUUCAAAAAGGUCCUGGUGCUGUCGCUGGUGUUUGCCUUCGUUCUGGUGUGCACUGGCACGCUGCUGGCCAUACCCAUCAUGCUCUGGGGGCUGGGGCUGGGGAGCCGGUACGGCUGGAACUGGGCCGACGUGGCGUUGUUCAAUGCCAUGCUUGCGUCCACGGACGCGGUUGCCGUGACCAGUGUGCUGCGGGCGGGCGGCGCGCCCGAGCUGCUGGGGGCCCUGCUGGAGGGCGAGAGCUUGUUCAAUGACGCAUCCGGCAUUGUGCUGUUUGACAUCUUCCUACGAAAGGUGCUUCAGGCGCGCCGCAAUGCCGCUAGUGACGGCUCCAGAGGCGGCGGCGGCGGCAGUGAUGACUACGACACAGGCGGCGGCAGUCCGACCUCAUCUGUCCUAGUCAGCGCCGCCCGCGCACUCCUAACCGCAGACCUAGGCGCCGUUACUGGCGGCGGCGGCGGCGGCGGGGGUCACGGACUAGUGCACCACCCGCCGCCGCCGGAGCACCACCACCCGCCGCCGCCGCGGCCGCCGCCGUCGCCGCCGCACGGCGGAAGCGGCGGCGGUUGGUGGCCGUGGGAGUGGCCGUGGGAGUGGCCGUGGGAGUGGGAUUGGGCGUGGAGCUGGCCGCAGCUGCCGCUGUGGGCUGCAGACCUGGCUCCGGAGCUGGGGAAGGUGGCUCAGGAGUUUGGGUGGCUGGUGUUCGGCGGGCUGGCGGUGGGCAUUGCGUGCGGUGUGGCCAUGCAGUGGGGCCUGCGCUUCCUGCAGUGGCGGCGCCUCAAGCCGCACGUGGAGGUGUCGCUCACCUUCGCCGCCGGCUAUCUGGCCUUCUACGUCGCCAACGCAUACAUGCAGGCCUCCGGCGUUAUCUCGGUGGUGGUGUUCGGGGUGUACGGCGCCGCCACCGGCACCUGGGGGCUGUCAGCGCAGGCCCGGCGCGCGGGCGCGUUCGACCGGUUUUGGGACGUGCUGUCCUUUUGCGUCAACGGCCUCAUCUUCUUCCUGCUGGGGGCGUCCUCAGUCAACUACCUAAUUCGCAUGAGUGCAGAGCUGGACACGGAGGGGGGCACACACGAGCGAGGGCUGCUCACAGAGACCGUACUCAUGCUGCCAGUUGUGUACAUGACGCUAUUCGCGAUGCGGGGCGCCCUGAUCUUCGCCUUCUGCACAGCCGCCCGCGCCUUCAGCACACACCGCCGCCGCCGCAAGGCCGCCAUGGCGGCCGCCGCGAAAGCGGCGGCGGCGGCGGCCGCCGCCGCCGAAGUUGCCGCUGCCGGCAGCGCUACUCCGGGCCCCUCCGCCACCGCCAUCAUCGCAGCUACUGCCAACGGCCACCCAACCCAGGCGGACGCAGGACGCAGCGACACCGCUGCCACAACCGUCACAACCGCCACAACCGCCACAACCGUCACAACCGCCACAACCGCCGCAACUGCCGCUACUGCUGCUGCCGCCGCCGCUGCUGCUACAGCCGCCAGGCAGGAGGAGGAGGAGGCGGCCGCUGCUGCCAGGGAGUUGGAGCACGCGCACCACACCACGCCUGACUGGCGAGGCAUGCUGUUCGCGACUGUGGGUGGCCUGCGCGGAGCCGUCAGCCUGAUCAUGGCCCAGAUCGUGCUCGCUGCCAUCCACGCCUCUGAGGAGCACAGCGGCUUCGACAUGCACUGGGGGGGAGGAGCGGCAGGCAGGGGCGCGGGCGUGGCAGACGGGCCGAGCGCGGCGGCGGCACGGCGCGACAAGGAGGUCACAGCGCAGAUGGUGGUGUGGACCAGCGGUGUGGUACUGAUGACGUUGCUGCUCAACGCGCCGCUGCUGUCGCCGCUCAUGACCCUACUCAAGCUCAACACCACCUCGCCCAUAAAACAGCAGGUCCGGGCCCGCGCCAAGGCGGCUCUGCGGCGCUUCACAGCCAACGCGCUGACCGAGAUGCGGGCGGCGGCGGAGCUGGCGGACGGGGCGGACGGAAGCGGAGGCUUUGACAUGGGCCUCAUGCUGCUCCGCGGCGUGGACUGGGCGGCUGUGGAGCGGAGUGUGGACCUCACGCGCAAACUGGAGGCCGUGUUUCCAAGCGCACAGCCCGCGCAGCAGGCGGCGGCCGGCACCAUCGCCCGCGCCGCAGCCGUGGCCGUGGCGGCGGACGCCGCGGCCGGUGGCGCCAGGCCGCCGGCCGCCGGCACCGCGCCAGCGGUGGCUUUGGCCGCGUCGGCGUUUGCGGAUGCAGCCAAGCGCCAGUCGUCUUUGCGGCGGGCCGCCAUUCGUAAGCGGAUGCCGCCGGUGGGCGACGCCGGUGACAGCGCUGCGGAACUCACAGAACCGCUGCUGCCGGCGGCGGGAGCAGGAGCGGCGACGGGAGGAGCGGCGGCGGGAGGAGCGGCGACGGGAGGAGGGGGGGCGGGAGGAGGGUGGGUGGCUGGCGGUCAGAGUGGAGGUGGGGAGGGCGAUGUGGAGGCAGGCCGGGGGCCGCUAGCGUGGGAGGUCGCCACCGCAGGCGCGGCCGGGAGCGGCAGCGGCACCGCGACACGGAAGAGCGUGACUGAGGGCGGCGGUCGUGUCAGGUUUGCGGUGGCGGGGGAGCAGGAGGAGGAGGAGCGUUUGCCGGGGGCAGCGGCGGUGUCGGCGCUGGGGCCGUCUUUGUCGCCGCCUCAGGCAACGGCCGCGACCCGGGGCCCCAUGCCUGGCUCCGCCUUCGGGCGGCCCGGCGCCGCCGACGCCGCCGCGGCCGCCCUCGCUGCCACGACCACGACCGCGGCGGCGGCGGCGGCGGCGGCGGCAGCAGGCGGCCGCGGCGCAGGCGCCGACGUCAGGACUCCUGUCAGCAGCACGGCGGCGUUCCGGAGCAUGCUGUCCGGAGGGGCGAGCGGCGCCGGGGGCGGCGCUGGCGCCGCCGCCGCCGCCGCCGACAGCGGUGGCUUCGGCGGCGGCGGCGGCGUUGCGCCGAUUCCGGAGGAGGAGGGCGACGGCGACGGCGGCGACGGCAACGAGGAGGGGCUUGGAGGCACCUCGGCCUUACGCGAUUCGCUGGCGCCCGGCUGGUCGGAGUAUGACCCGGCCGCUGACGGCGGCGGCGGCGGCGGCGGCGGCGCGGGGCCGCGGCGGCGGCGCAGCGGGCCGGGCUCCGCGCUGGCCAGCUUCCGCUCAGCUGCCUCUCGGCUCAUGGAGCGCAGCCGCAACAAACUGCUGGACGAGCAGUUCGCGGCGCUGCAGCUGGGAGGAGAGGCCGGACCCGCCGAGUGCCCCUUCGCCUCCUAUGCCGCGCUGCCCGGAGCCGGCCCCAGCGCCGCCGCCAGCACCGCCGGCGGUGGCGGCGGCGGCGCCAGCGGCGGCACACACUCCGUCUCCGUCAGCGCCAGCCGUGCCCCCCGCCUGUCAACCGCCGACAGCUACAGCGCCGCGCCCUCCACCGCCGCCACCUCCCCGCGCGCCUCCUUUGCCCGCGGCGAGCCGCUGCCGUCCCUGGCCGCUGGCAUGGGCAGUGGUGGUGGCGGCGGCGGCGGCGGUGGCGGCGGCGGUGGUGGCGGCGGCGGCGGCGGCGGCGUCAGUGCCAUGCCUAGUGGCCUGAUCGGGAUCGCGUCUUAUAGCGGCCCCACGGUGGCCGCGCCGCACCCGAUCGCCGCCAGCCCCAGCGGCAGCACCUUCAGUGCUAGCGGCGGCGGCGGCGGCGGCGGCGGUGGCUCCAGAGCCGUUCCUGUGACGUCAGCGCCAGGCCACAUGGCAGCGGGCGCGGCGGGCUUGCCGCCGCUGCCGCGUUCACACCCGCACUCGGGUCUUGGCAGCAGCUGGCACGACGGCCCCAGCCCCAUCGGCACCGCCGGUACCGGCGGUGGGUUGGGUGCCAGCGCGGCAAGCGGCGGCGGCGGCGGCAGCUUUUUGGCGUCAUCGCCUGGCGGCGUCACGCCUGGCCUGCGGAGUGCUUUCGGCAGCCAGAGCAGCAUUGCGGCGGCGGCUGGCGGCGGUGGCGGCGGCGGCGGCGGAAGUUUGCGCAGCGCGUUGGGGAGCCACAGCAGCAUCGCAGCUGCUGCUGGCGGCGGCGGUGGCGGCGGCGACGGCCCAGAGGGCCGCCGCAGUAGCAAUGACCUGCUGACUCCGCCGCCGCCAGCUGCAGGGACCGCUGCGCUACCCAGGACCGGCAGCAAGGGGUCCACGUCAGCGUUGGCGGCGCUGCUGCGGCGCGUUAGCCACGACAACAACAGCCAAGCGCCAGGGCUGGCGGAGGCGGCUGGUGCCGCCAGUGGCGGCGGCGCCGCCAGCGGGGGCUUUGGCCGCGCCGCUGGUGAGACCCACGAGCCCACCGCGGGCGUGCUGGCGGCGGAGGAUGAUGAGGCGGCGCAGGUUUGGGCGGGCGAGGGUGGUGGCGGCGGCGAUGGCGGCGUCGGCGGCGCGGGUGCUACAGCGCCGGAUGGCGGCGGCGCGGUGCAGGAUGAGGAGUCGGUGCACGGCGGAAUGAUGUUUGCAUUUGCGGGGCACAUGGGCAUGCAGCAGUCACGUGACGCAGGUGGCGGCGGCGGCGGCGGCAGCGCAGCGGCGCUGAAGCGGUCCAAAUCACGCUCCCGGAUGGCGGCGCCGCCGCCAAGUGCUGAUCAAGAUGACUACGUGAUCGGUUAUUACCACGAUUACGACAUGGACGAGGAGGUGCCGUACCAACCGCCCGUCGUACAGCCCGCUGGUGGCGGCGGCGCCGCCGCUGCGGCGGCGAGGGUUGACGAUGCUCCAGAGGAGGAGGUGGUUGAGCAGACCGUUACGGCGGCGGCGGAAGAGGACGAGGCGGACACGCUUACGGCGGCUCGGGUGCAGCAGCACGCGUCAGACGACGAAUGGGCGGCCGGCGGCUGGUACGGCGGCAGUGGCGGCGCCGGCGCCGGCGGCGGCAGCGACGACGGCGUCGGCGUGGGCGGCCGCCGCGGCGGCAGUAGCAGCGGCGAGGAUGGCGGCGCUCUUGGUCUUGAUGCCGCCCUGCUGUCUUCCUCCCUGCCUACGUCUGGCUUCUUCGGUGGCGGCUGGUUUCGGCCUGGAGCCGGCGGCGCCGCCACCACAGGUGCCGACGGCGGCGGCGCUGCGGUGCCGGGUGCAGUCGCGGGCGCCGUGCUGGAGACUCUGGAUGAGGAGGUGCUGGAAGAGGUGGUGGAGCCGCCGGCUGCGGCCCCCACACCCAGUUUUGCGGGCGCGCAACAGCCAACGCAGCCGCCGGUGGCGGCUGGUGGCGGCGCGUCGGCGCCCGCGGCUGGUGCGGCGCCGGCGCCGGCGCUGUCCCACGGGUCCAGCAUGUCCGCCGCUGCGGCGGCGGCGCUGCAUGAGUUCCACCACAGUCAUAGCGCCCCGGAUAUGGCGGCGACGGCGGCGGCUGCGCUUGCCAACGCCGCUGACGGCAGCGCCGCCGCCGCCGCCACCGCGGUGCGCACCGGCGUCGUGUCUCCUUUUUCGCCGUACGCGGCCCUCCCUCCGGCUGCCAGCGUCAGCCGUGACGUCAGCGCCACCAGUGCCGGCGGCGGCGCCGCUACUGCGGCGGCGGCGGCGGUUUCGUCCCUGCCGCCGGGCUGGGAUGAGGGCGUGCCGCCGCCGCGGCCGGGCCGCCUUUCGUCUUCUGGUAGCCUCACGCGCGGCGCGUCGACAGGGGGUGUCGGCAUUGGCGCCGGUGGCGGCGGCGCCGCCGCCGCCGCAACGGGAAUGGCGGCGUUGGCGGCUGGCGGCGUCAGUGGCGGGUCGCGCCGCCGCCGCCAGUCGUCCUCCAGUGCAAGGCGUGCCCCGCCGCCACGUAUGAGUCCAUCCUUCGCCAUCGGCGCCGGAGCCGUGUUGCCUCCUGCUGCCGGCGACAGCAGACCAGGAGGCGCACUGGGGCUGACGCGGCACCUGUCGCUGCGCGCCGCGCGUGCCGCCGCCGCCGCCACCGGCGUGGUGGGCGGCGGCACGGGCGGCGUGCCGCUGCAGUGGCGCAUCAGCCGCCAGGCCAGCAGCCGCUGGGUAUGUGUCAACGCAGCGACGGAGGCGCUGCAGGCGCCGGUAACCUCCGGCGGUGGCGUUGCCGCUGUGGCGGCAAUGGCGGGGCCGCACGUGGCGGCAAGCAAGGGGGCCGCAGCUGUGGCGCUGCUGCGUCCCAGAGGUGUGGGAGGCAUGGGAGUGGGCAUGGGCGGCGGCGCCGCCGGCACGGGCCCAGGUGGCGGCGGCGGCGGCGGCGGCCGCGGCGGCUCCGCCAGCUCCGCCGCCACCCGCAUCACCAGUCGCAGCUGGGCGUCACUCCAGGACCUGGCCGGGCAGCAGCGCACGCUGGAGGCCUUUGCGCCCAUGGAGGAGACGGUGUGUGAGGAGGGCGAAGAUGACGACGAGCACCGCUCAGCGCUCUCCGGAUCCGUCGUUUCAGCCGCAGCGACGGCGAACGGCGGCACCGCGCGCGGCCGUGGCGGCGGCGGCGCUGGCGGUGGCGGCGGCGGCGCGCGCGGGGCUGGCGGCGGUCAUGGCGCCGCGCUGCUCCGAUCGCGGGCUGCCAAGGCCGAGCUCCUGGUGGAGUACCGAGUGCGGCUGCUGGCGGGCUUCAAGCGCUUCUUCCACGAGCAGACGCUGGAGGGCGUGCUGAGCCCGGGCGGCUGCCGCCUGCUGUGCUCCGCGUGCGAUGAGGCGCUGCACACGCCACGCAAGCCGCUGGACAUGUGGAGCACCGCAGAGCGCGAGAUCAUGGGCCGUGGCACUGUGCAGUGGCAGGCCUGGGCGCACCUGGCGCUGCGCCGCACCACCCACAAGGUCCUGCGGGCGGGACCCUGGCUGCCCGGACCCAUCAAGUCACUCAUCGUCAAGCCACUUCGGGCGGUGGCGGAGCUUCUGUCCACGUCCCUCUCACGAGUGAUGUUGGUCGGAUUGGAGGUGGCGGUGGAACUGGCGGCGGCCCUGUCCGAGUCCAGCCCGCAGCUGCAGUGGCUGCGCUACGCCGGGCCCGCAGGUGCGGCCAUCUGGUCGGAGCUAGCGACGCAGGCGGAGGCGGUGCGGCGGUUCAUCCUGGACCGAGUGAUUGAGGCGCCGGACCGGUUCCAGGCGACGCAGAGCCACCGCGCAUCGUUGGCGCUGCUGCGCCAGCAGGUGGCGUUUGUUCGCUCCAUGCACAAGACGGGGCUGGUGGAUGCGGAUGAGGCGGAGGCGCUGAGGGACCCUAUCGAGCGCCGCAUCUGGAGGCUGGAGACCCGCGGGCCGCGCUGGCAGCAGCCGUCACUGGGGCAGGUCCUGUCCAGCUGCGCCAUGCUGCGCGGCGUGCCCGCCGCCGGGCUGGACUGGCUGCGGGCGGCGGGCGACCUGCGGCCGUUCGCGCGGGGUGCCGAGCUGACGCCGCUGAUCGCGAGCGGGGGCGUGUUCAUCGUCGUACUCGGCACCGUGCGGGUCUCUCUGGUGCCCAUUCCCUCCGAGGCCACGGCGCUGUCUGCCUCGGCGGAUGCAGGCCCCGGAGGGGGAGGGGGAGGAGGAGGCGGCGGGGCGGCCGCCGGCGCUGCCGGGUUGGGCGCCGCCUCUGCGCCGAGCAGCACGCCGCAGUUCUACGUGGGCGUGGGCGGGGUGGUGGGAAUGAGCACCGCCCUCAUCGGCCGCGCCGUGCCCGGCAUGGCCGUCUCCAGCGCCGUGGCUGAGGGCAACAGCCUUGGCAAGGGCCCCGUGGUGUUCGCGCUGCCCGCCGCGGCCGUGGCAGCGGUGCGGCAGCGCGCCGCCGCCGGCGCCCCCGCCUUCCAGCUGCUGCUGCUCAACAUGUACAGGCUGGUGGGCGGGCACGUGCUGGAGCGGCAGAGGCACACGCUGGUGGCCCACAUCGCCGCACUGCUGACGGGGGCGGUGGCGCACGCCUUCCGCAGCGCCGGCCGCGGCGCGGCGGCGCGGCUGCGGCUGCAGCUGGUGCAGACCGGCGGCACCGGCGAGAGGCUCAGCGCCGCCACCAACGCCGCCACCACCUCGCUGCGGCGCAAGCAGAAGGCAGUGCUGGAUGAGAUGUACGAGCAGCCGGGUGCAGGGCUGUUGGGGAAGGCAGAAGGGGGCGGCGGAGGUGGAGGAGGAGGAGGCGGAGGAGGCGGAGCGGGAGGCGCAGCGGGGUUGCUGCGAGGCUCUGGGGCUUCGCAGCAGCUUCGCCGCACGGGUGCGUCGGGAGCAGCGGGACACGAGGAGGGCAGUGAGGGCGGCAGUGACGGAUACUACGAGGACGAAGAGGAGGAAGAGGAGGAGGAAGAGGAGGAGGAGGAAGAGGAGUAUGAUGAUGAGGAAGAGGAGGAGGGGGCUGAGGACAACGAGUGUGCUCUCUCCAGCAGCCGCGGCAGCGCUCUCGGCGGGAUGGGGGCGGGCGGCCGUGGAGGCGGCCGGGGUGGCGGCGGCAGGGGCGGCGGCGGCCGCGGCAGCAACGCGGCAGGCGCGAUGGCGGCGGCGCUGGCGGCUGAUGAGCUGCUGAGUCGCAGGUGUCUGGAGCGCGCCGCAGAGAUCGUGGAGGCGGUGCGUCAGGGCAUCAAGGCCGCACUGCUGGUGACCCUGGCGCCCGGGCAGCCCUUCGUGCAGCGCUCCACCGUCGUCCUGGUGAACGGCUCUCUCAUGCAGCAGCCGCAGCACCUGCCACACCACCACCAUCCGGCCGCGCGGCACCACCACCCCCAGCAACACCAGCAGCAGCAGCAGCAGCAGCAGCAGCAGCAGCAGCAGCAGCUCAAGGCGAGUCACUCCAUACACGUGUCGCGCUCCGCCGGCAGCUUCUUGGAGGCCGCUGCCAGUGUUACGGCGGCCGCAGGCAGUGGCGGCCUCGGUGGCGGCGGCGGCGGCGGCGUGGCCGCUGCAGCCGCCGUGACGCUGCUGGGGAGCUCGCCGCCAGGGGCUGCCUCCGGUUCUGGUGCUGCGGCGGCGCAGCAGCAGCAGCAGGCGCAGCCGGCGCGGGGUCCGCUCACGCGCACGCGCAGCUCCCUCAACCACAACGCGCUGGCAUCUACAAGCCAGCAGCAGCAGCAGCAGCAGCAGGCGCCGCAGCAGGCGCCGCAGCAACAGCAACAGCAGCAGCAGCAGCCCUCCAUGUCGGCCUCGCAGCAAGCCCAGCUGCCCCAGCUGCCGCUCACGCCGCCACAGCAGCAGCAGCAGCAGCCCACGCAGCAGCCCACGCAGCAGCCCGCCGCCGCCACCGCCACCACGCCGCUGCCGGUGUUCAAGCCGCCCACCAUUCUGCUGUGGCUGCCAGACCAUUGCGAGCCGGCGGUGGCGCGCAUCUUCCAGCAGAGCGACUCGCUGCGGUACAGCGCAGGCGCGCUUGGUGCGACGCUGCUGGUGUGCGGCAGCACAAACUGAAUGACGUACCUGCUGUAUGUGGCGCAGCAGGACGCUCCGGCCUCGACCUACUAGCAUGCUAGUGAUGUAACACUUGCGCAAGAUGCUGUUUGGGAAGUUAGGCUCAAUGGGAGGGCAAGUUGGCUUGGGACGGUUCGGAAUGUUACCGUGACUGUUGCUGGAUAGCCGCGCCGGUUGUGAGCAUGUCCACCAUUAGUCAACGCGUGUUCAGGCGUAGGCGCGUACCGGUAGCCUACUUUCUAGGAGGGCAGCAUUCUGUGAUUAUCGUAGCGUCUCCACUGUUGGUUACUUCCCCCCGCUGCGCGCCUGCGGGCGCGGGGUGCAGGAGAAAUGCAGAGGCGCGGAGAGAAACGAGUUGCCGUUGUGGUCUGGGCUAGCAAAAGGGGGUCCAGGAUUGAAGAUCGCAACUGUAAACAAUUGAAAAG